AUGCAACCGUUAAGGCGAAGCUCGCGACUAACUCGCAACACCAACUCAGCACACCUGUCGACACAGGUGCCUGAAACUGCCGUCUCCAGCUCUCGGAAAAUCUCACGCAAAUCCUCCCAACGCCGAAUCAGAUGCACUCCGCCUCCGGAGGACUCCGAACCCGAAGUGGAGUCUCUGUCCAAAGAGAACUCAUCGGAAGAGGAGGAAGACAUGCAGCAAGAGAUUCUUCCCAAAGAAACACGGUAUGAAAACAGUCGAACUGCGUUUCAGGGUUUGUAUCAAGAAAAACUAGAUCUACUGCGACCAUCAAAGAAACCUAUGUCAGCCCGAUUCAUGACUCAAGGGGCUAGAGAAAGGUAUGUCAGUCUCAAACCGAGAAAGUUCAUUCACCAGCAACGUCUCUCUCUCUCGGAUAAGAACCUCCAAGAUGUCAAGAAGGUAGUUGCUGACGCCGGGCUACUCUAUACGGUCUGUGACUCUGAUUCAUUCCAGCCGUCUAUAGUUCGUGAAUUUGUGGCCAAUUUAGGGGAUGCUGAACCUCGGGGAGAUGGGGUUGCAGUCUACGUACGAGGAUCAUUGAUAGAAUUCUCUCCGAGUUUGAUCAACACAAUGUACUGCAUUCCGCGCUGUGAGGAAGACUCUAGCUGGAUGAAUGAGAAACUUGAUAAAGUCUGCACCCUCCUCUCUGGGAACAGAAUCAAACGUUGGGAAGACAUGAGCUCGAAAUACUUGACAGUCACAAAUCAAGUGUUGUACAAACUAGUGUGCUCAAACUGGAUCCCAACGAUGAGCUACACAGCCAUGAAUGCUGAACGUCUCCGAUUCAUCUACAUGCUUCAUCUUCGGAAAGGAUUCAACUUCGGGAAGAUCAUCUACCACCAGAUUCUGAGAAUGGCUGAGAACACCGAGACUGAAAAGAAAAGAAGGAUCAUCUUGCCCACCUUAAUCCAGCAAGUCAUCCUUAUUCAGCGCAAUGUACCUCCAGACAACAGUGAUGAAGCGGAGUCAGACUUUCCUAAGCUGGUUGUCAAGGACAAGAAAGCCGGUCUUGGCUCUGGAGCGGAUUCGAAGGAACCUAAUCUCGAAGAAGACAUUGACCAAGCGAUCACCUUCCUCAAAGGAAUUCGCAGCAGGCUCAGGAGUAAGAUGUCUUUGCGGGGUAAAUGUGUUUUCGAUCACUAUCUAAUGGUUUUUGUCUUAAUGUGCAUCUCUGCAGGGGGAGAAUAUCCACUCCAAAGGGAGGAUGAAGACACAGAGAGUGGCUAA